AACCUGUUCGACCGCCGGCGCCACCGCCGUUGCCUUCGGAUAAUAAUAAUGAUGAUUGAUUGUCAAUAAAUAAUUGACACCAGCGUCCAGUAAGUUGCCUGGUUAAGCUUCUGCUGCGUGUUCCCUUUUGUGUUUACAUGGUUUUCCCGAGCCGGAAAAACGGAUAUACACCUUAGGUGAUCAGUAACACGACUAGCAUGCGCGGUGGCCAAUAAACAAUAAUGGCUUUCCUGUGUCCCGUGAGAAUUCGCCGAGGCAAGAAGAAAAAAAGUGGUUCUACCAGCGACUUGGACAAAGAAGUGUUACGAGGAACCAACGCUAAUGGACCAGUUCCUGGUAUGGGACGUAUUACUGGUAGUGCAUCUAUUGAGACGCUGGUGCGUGUUGGGAUUGAGAAGGAAAACGGUUUGUCGCCUGAUAGCAAAAUGGUUGUACUUCACGAUUUCACACCGUGUGUAGAUGAUGAGCUGACCGUGAAACGAGGCCAGGUAGUCAACAUCCUAUACCGAGAGAAUGACUGGGUAUAUGUAAUUGCAGAGGACAGUCGUCAAGAAGGUUUUAUACCUCAUUCGUAUUGUACACCUUAUAAUUCACAACUUGGUGAAAUAGCUUUAAAUAAUGUCAAAAAGAAAUUACCACGUGCACCAGCUGCUACGCCAACUGAAACUGUUGUUGAAGUUGAAAUCAAUGAGCAACAAAAACAUGGUAAUUGUGGUGAUUUAUCUGAUUGUGAAAGUUUUGGCAAUAAAACUCAAGAACACAAAAAUCAAAACAAACAGAACAUUAGUAGCUCUAGAGCAUCAUUAUUAAGUGCGUCUUCACAUCCUGAGAUACGACCAUUUUUCAAAGACCCUGCAGGACGUUACAUUGUGUUAUACACUUUCAUAGCAAGAGAUGAGAAUGAUGUGAGUGUCGAGAGAGGAGAAUUUGUAACUGUAUUAAACAGAGAAGAUCCUGAUUGGUAUUGGAUUAUUCGCAGUGAUGGACAAGAAGGUUUUGUUCCUAGUGGAUUUGUAUAUCCAGCUGAUAUAAUACAAGGGCACAUAAAUCAAAUGAAUAAUAAUCAGUGUGCUGGUACUACUAAUACUGGACUACCUCCGGUUACACGAGCACGGCCACGGAAAAACUCUUGUGUGGCUGAUGACGACCCAGCAAUUCAUGGUACUGAAAUGGUAAUGCUUUAUGAUUAUAAGCCGCAAGCACCAGAUGAUCUGUCAGUUAAGCGUGGUGAAUGGAUAUAUGCAGAUCUUACCAAUCAAAUGGUCGAAGGGUGGUUAUGGACUUAUGCUCCUAAAACAAGAAAGUACGGUUUCAUACCUAAAGCAUAUGCUCAUCCACCUGCUAUGACCAGUUUGUGAAUACAUUGCAGCUGAUAUUGUUGGAUCAUUAUUCAUUACUAUAAAAAAGUAUUAUUUAAGUAUCAAAUAAGUACUCUAACCUUAUAAUAUUAUGUAAGCUGAACAUAACUUUAUUUCUGUUGACUAUUCUUCUUAUACCUUCGAUGAUCUUUCAAAACCAAUAAUUGUGAUAUUUUGUAGGAUAAUGGGAUUGGUAAUAAUAAAAUAUUUAGAUAAAUUAAUAUAGUUUUAUAAUAACAAUUGAAUACUUAUAUAUUGCUAUAAUAGUAUUAUUAUACAGUUUGAAUCUGAUCUGUUUUCACCCACAUACAUUUUAUUGUUUGAAAGAAUGAAAAUAAGAUUUGAGUUUAUCUGUACAAAUAUUAUGUAUAAAACUAAAGUUAUUUCAAAUACAGAUAACCGAAAAUUUCUUGAUUAAAUCUUAGAUUCUUCUCACCAAAAAUGCUUGAAUAAAACCUAACUAUGACUUAUAAAAUGAAUAGCAGAUUAUGAGCUCUACCUUUUAUUUUAGAUGAUUAGAUAUAUAUAUUUAAAUACAUAUAACGGUGGUUGAAAUUAAUGGAUGAAAUAUAUCAACAAAAAUAAGGUUUGAAUUGAGCUACUGUAUCCUUUCCUAAUUACAUUUUAAGAGAUUUUUUUAAGGACUUAUUGUUAUUUAAGACAUCAAAAUUCAUCUUGACACAAUUUGUGAUAUUAAGAUUUUACUAUAUCUAAAAAUACACAAGAAGUGUAAAUGAACUUUGACUAAAGAACUUAAAAUGUCUUUAAAGACUAAAACAAAAGUUGUAUCUGUAUGUUUUUCAUAGUCUAUGAUAGUUUUAUUAAUUGAAAAUAUUAACUUAAAUAUGGAGUUCUUGCCACUAUUUUAUAUUAAAUGUAAAAUUUUCUUCAGAGAAACUAUUAUUCUAAC